AUGAUUAAUAAUAAAUAGAUAUAAAAAAUAUAGUAAAUAUCUAAAUUUUAAUUAAAAGAGUAUAUAGAAAUGUAAAUGCAAUAACAUAGCUUAAAUAAGUAAAUAAAAGAAGAAGAAAGAAAUUACAUUUUAUUAGAAAAUGCAAUAGAUAAUUCUAAUAUUUAAGGGUUUUAAACAAUAUAAGAAAUAGUUUAGUUAGCAAUGUAGAGAAUGAAAAUGAUCAAAGAAAUAAUCUAAGAAGAACCUAGAUUCAAUCUUAUUGAUCCUCUUAGCAAGCCAAAUUAUAAUAGAAUUAGAGUAGCCAACAAAUUUAUUACAGUAGCUAUACCCAAAAGUGAUCCUGAAUAUGAGUUAAAGAAUAAACAACAAUAUGCAAAAGAAGUACUUUCACAUUUCCUUUGUAAAAUGGCUUACGCUUUUUAUGCAGAACCAGAAACAUGGCUUGAAUUUGCAAGAGCAGAGGCUUUUAUUUUAAUGGAUAAGCUUAAAUCUGGUUAGCACCAUGCAAACUUCUUUUCAGAUGAGAAUCUUAAAAUAAAAACCAUUUCUGACGAAUUAUUCAAACAAGCAUUUCCUAAGAUAGAAGCCACAUUUAGCAGCAUAAAGAUUAAGAAAAAUGAUUCAGAAGUAGAGCAAAUUAAUAUAAAGAAAGAUAAUUUCAAAAUGUUCAAAUUUAUAGAUCACCCUUCAAUGCUUUCAAAUAAUGAUGUUGUUUUACACAAAGGAUAUAUUAUUAUUUAUAAGGAAUCAACUUCUAAAAUAGUUCAAAAUAUUUUUAUAGAGCGCUUAUUAGAUGAAAUGAGAUUGCUUUAGCUAAAGUUUUAAAAUAAUGGAAGCAAAUUAGAUGAUGAUAGACUAUCAUUUUUAAAAGAUUUACACAAAGCAGAAAUAUUUAACGAUUCAACAUAAUUUAAUUCAACUUAAAUUCAUCACUACGAGCUUGAUAGGCUAGCUAAAAGAGAUAUGCCAGCUUGUAUGACCUAUCUUAUGUAUGGUUUAAAUUAAAAACUCCAUUUAAAACAUUUUGGUAGACUUUAGCUUGGUUUAUUCUUGAAAGGUGCAGGACUUAGCUUAAAUGAAGCUUUAACAUUUUGGCAAAAAAAAUUCUCUAAAACAAGUGCUGAUGACUUUAAAAAGAAGUAUGACUAUAACAUUAGACACAAUUACGGUAAAUUAGGUAAAUAGCUUGAUUACACACCAAUGAGUUGUUAGAAAAUAAUUGGUUUCUAGCCUUUAAAAGAUGAAUUCCAUGGAUGUCCUUACAAAACUAUGGAAAGUUAAUAAUUAAAAGAUUUCUUAAAAUUAAGUUACAACAUAACCGAUGAAUAAUUCGUUUAAGUGAACAUAUUUAAAAACCAAAAGCAAUACCAACUUGCUUGUAAAGAAGUAUUUAAGGUUUUGAAUGAUACUAGAGAUAAAACUAAAGAAUAAUUCUAUCCUUACUUUGAUAAAGUUGGUAACCAUCCUAAUGCAUAUUUUGAAUAAUCUUUACGUAUGCAUGAACCACAGCGUUUCUAAAAAUAAGAUGAAGAAAAAAAAUAAAAUAAAUAAAAUAGAAAUCAGAAUUUUUCAGCAAAUAAAUAAAGUACAAAUAAAAACAAUUAAAUGGAUUUGGAAUUUUGA